AUGGCAGGUGAGAUUGUAACUUUGCAAGUUGGGCAAUGUGGAAAUCAGAUAGGCCAACAAUUUUGGUCUCAGUUGACUAAAGAGCAUGGGAUUGAUAGAGAUGGCUAUACACAAUUCUUUAAUAUACAAUCAUCCUUUAGAGACGAUAAUACUGAUCCAUUUUUUAAAGAUAAUGAUAAUGGUAGAUAUACCCCUAGAGCAAUAAUGCUUGAUUUGGAACCUAAGGUAAUUAAUGAUGUUUUUAACAAUUUUCAAGGUUUAUUUGAUCAAAGAAAUGUUUGGGUUUCACAGGAAAGGUAUGGUGCAGGGAAUUCGUGGGCUAAGGGUUAUGAUGAAGGAAGAAGGAAUAUGGAAUAUAUAUUGAAUAUUAUUGAUAAAGAAUUAGAAUCAACGGAUAAUUUUGAAGGUUUUCAAUUAUUACAUUCAGUAGCAGGUGGUACUGGGUCAGGCCUUGGAUCUAAUUUGCUUGAAGCAUUACAAGAAAGAUAUCCAAAAAGUUUUCUCACGACUUACUCUAUCUUUCCAAGUAAUGAAUCAGAGGUUGUCGUGCAACCUUACAAUACGAUUUUAACUUUAAGGAGAUUAGUGGAGGAAAGCGAUGCUAGUAUUGUAUUCGACAAUAAUGCAAUUUCAAAUCUUUCAUCCAGAAUAUUUAAAAAGUCCAAUGUUGGUUACAGUGAUUCAAAUCAACUGAUUGCGGCAGUUAUGUCUUCAGUAACAAAUUCAAUUCGAUUUCCUAGUUAUAUGUAUUCAUCAUUACAAAGUAUAUUUUGUACUUUAAUUCCCACACCUGAUUUGCAUUUUUUGACACCAUCAUUCACACCUUUUUCAUCUGAUUACAUUACACAUACUAGUGAUGAUAGGCAUAAUACUGCUUAUGAUGUUAUUUUAGACCUUAUAGAUAGUACGACAUCUUUAACUACACAGACAGAAAAAAAUCCAGUAUAUUUCAAUACAUUUUGUACUUUGAUUGGGUCAAUCGACAACAAUGAUAUAUUAAGAGGUAUUAAUAAAAUACAACAUCGUUUGCAAUUUGCACCAUGGUCAGUUACUUCGAUUCAUGUAAAUAUGGGAAGACGUUCCCCUUAUUUAACUUCUCAAAAGGAUUCAAAUUAUAUAAAUGGUAUGAUGUUGAGUAAUAACUCAGGAAUAGUUCCUCUACUGACCAAUUCGUGUGAAACUUUUGAUAAGAUAUUUGCCAAAAGGGCAUUUUUGAAUGCGUUUAGAGAAGUGGAACCCUUUAAUAGGGAUGAUUUGGAAUUUACAGAUUCUAGAAGUAUUGUACAAAAUGUCAUUGAUGAAUACACUGCUGCUGAAGAAAAGGAUUAUUUAGACGAUAUUCUCAUAGAUGAAGAGAAUAUGGCGGAAAAGGGGGAGUAUAGUGUUUCUAACGAUAACAUCAAGGAGGCAAUUAACUAUUAUAAAGAAGCUAAUAAAGAGAUAGACAAUAUAUUGUUAGAAGUGAAGGGACAAGAUGACAUUAAUAAUAGUAUAAUUGAAAGUGUAGAACUGUUAGGUAAAAACAUAUCUCAAGUAAUCUUUGAAUUAAACAAUAUUAAUGAACGAAAAUGGCCUCAAGCCGAAAAGGAUUUGGUAGACAGGUCAACAAUUCAACCAAGAGAUAUAUUGGAAGGUUCUUAUGAUUCUAUGUCGUUAGAACAAAAUUUAAAUAAAUUAAGUCCUCAAAAUGAUCCAUUGCUUAAUAUGAUUUUAAAUAAACUGCAAACUAGUUUGUUAGAUGUAAUUAAAGCUACUGAGUCACACUCAAGAAUUGCCAAAGAUUCUAGUGUUAAUGAGGGAAAAGAGCAGAAAAUUGCACAAUACAUUGAACAAUUCAAAAAUGAAAUAAUUUGGUAUGAGAAGAAGAAGUUUUCGCAGUACAAUAUCGACUUGGUUACUUUAACCAAGGAAAAUGCUCUUUUACAUAGACAUAUUGAGGAAUUACAAGAUCGAUGGAAUAAUUUGGUGGAAAGUGCCAGAAAGAAAAAAAGAGAACAAAGAUGA